AUGCUUGUAAGACAGUCUCUCUUAGGCUUCUUGGCCCUCGCUACGGCAGUGGACGCAUCGUCUAGAGCGAGACAACAUGGUCUUUUCAAGCGGACGGCUAACAUCACCACUUGCAACAUCAAUGAGGUCGCGCCCAAGGUCAAGGCCCCAAAAGUCAACAUCUGGGCACCCAUUUCCCCCGAUGACAAUCUCGCCGUCUGGAAUUUACUCCAUAAUCCGGCAACUGGCCUAAACCUCACAGAUCCCAAUAACGCUACGAUCACGGACAAUUAUGUUUACUGGAUCGACACUCUCCACACCAAUAAGUCCGCCGUAUUGCCUUACCUCAAUGGAACGGCGAGUCUACCGCCAAAAUAUGCCCGGGUAGUCAUUUUCAGCGGAGGUCUGGAUAUCCCAGACUCCCAGGAGUACAUGGUUGGGCCUCUCCCUGUCGGUGCCGAAACCAAGGUAGAGAAGCUUGACUACAUCUUCAACGGCGGCAGCGGGGGUAAGAUUCCGUAUAACAGCCGCUCUUUCGAUGGCCCUCGGGUGUUGGCUACCGAGCCGCUGCUUUUGUCUGUUAUGAGCAACAUCACCGACAUCACGUCUGAGCUCAUUGGAGGAGUCUACUACGGCUCGAGUGAUAACCGGACUACACUCACUUCCACCAGUGGCACGCCCCUGUCCUAUGACGGUACUCAAGCAUUUCGGACGGUCAUGUUCAGAUAUCCCAAUACCGCGACAUAUCUGACGCCGUUAGACUUCUUCGUUAUGCUGGAUGUCACCGGCACGGAUGCUUCACACUACAAGCUGAGAGGCAUGGUAACGAAUGAAAAAUUCUUUCCCACAGUCGCUGCCUUGCGCUCUGCAUGGGAGGCAGGAGAAUUGAAAGAGCAGUUCCAGCAGACCCGGACUCCGGACUGGGGUCUCCUGGACUACAAGCCUGAAAUGGGGGUGAGAGCCCUGGAGAAUAAGCUGGCACCACAGAGUCUCGAGGUUGGCGGCAAGCGCUACAAAGUCGACGGGGAAGAAAAGUACAUUGAGUACAUGGGGUGGUCUUUCUACACUUCGUACUCGCGAACUCUUGGACUCAUGUACUACGACAUCAAAUUCAAGGGCGAGAGGGUCAUCUAUGAGCUUUCGCUUCAGGAGGCUGCGGCUCAAUAUGCCGGUUUCACACCAAAGGCUGCUGGUACAGUAUAUCACGACACGUACUACAGCCUCGGCACCGACCUUGGUACGUUGGUUGAGGGGUACGACUGUCCCUUUGGCAGCACUUUCUGGAACGUCACGUACCACGAGGGCAACUCCUCAGUCGUGAACACUGAUGCGAUUUGUAUUUUUGAGGCGGAUGCUGGUUAUCCCGUCUCACGUCACCGGUACGGAAGUGGCAAUGAGUACGGGUUCAGUUACCUUGGUACGGUAAAGGCUUCGGCUUUGACCAUGCGAUCGGUGGCGACCGUGGGCAACUAUGACUACAUGUUUGACUAUUCCUUCCAUGUUGAUGGAAGUCUCGAGGUCACAGUCCGAGCAUCCGGCUUCCUGCAAUCUUCAUUCUACUACCCAGACCAGGAAGAGUUCGGACCCAGAAUCCAAGAGGCGACGAUGGGAUCACUGCACGACCAUAUCCUGACCUACAAAGCCGACUUUGACAUUCUAGACACCAAAAACAGUCUCGAGGUAAGCGAGCUCGUUUUGGUAAAUCAGAGUCAACCAUGGUAUCCAGAGCUAGGCUCGUUCGAACAGAUGCAGUUGCAAAAGUCUACCAUGAAGGACGAGCAACAGUUCAACUGGCAGCCAAACAACGCGGCCAUGUACUGCGUCGUCAACCCCAACGCCACAAACGAGUGGGGCGAGAAGCGCGGCUAUCGCAUCGUCCCCGGAAAAUCCAACAUCCAUCUCACGCCGCUGAAAUCUCCCUGGACCAAGCACCAGACGCCGUUUGCCAAGUCGCAUCUGGCGCUCUCCAGACAGCACGACAUGGAGCCGUACGCGAACAGUCACUCCAAUGUCAACUUACCUCUCAAGCCGCAGCAAGACUUUAUGAAGUUCUUUGACGGUGAAGGCGUCGAGAACGAGGAUAUCGUUCUUUGGUUUAACCUGGGAAUGCAUCACUUCACCAGGUCCGAGGACAUACCCGUUACGCUUUACAGCGAGGCUGUGAGCAGCAUUGUCUUUGCCCCGCAGAACUUCAACGAUAGAGCGCAGGACGGUGAUUUGCUCAAUAGGAGAUGGAUCGUGGUGAAUGAGACGACUGGGGAACUCGAGUCCCAUUCAUAUGGGGUUGAGCUGCCGUCAGAAUGUGAAGUAGGCCUUUCAGAGCCUGUCUUCGAUAUCAAAAGGAAUGUGGAAGCUUGA